AUGCAGCACAUCCGCCUGAGCCUAGCCAGGCUCUUCCGGCGGCUGCCCUUCUCGCCCUCGACGACACCACUCCAGGCACUGACCUACCUGCUGGGCAUCUCCUUGUUCAGCAUUUCAUUCCUCGUCUUCCUUAACAGCAGCGUCUCCUUCGUCAUCACCGACCUUAUUGGCGUCAAGCAUGGCGUUGGCGACAUCGUGGGCACGCUUGGCUUCGUUGAUGAGCUGGUUGCUCUCGUCGCUUGCCCACUAUGGGGGCUGAUAUCGGACCGUGCUGGCGUAAGGCAGGUCGCCGUUGUAGGAUACGCGCUCAUCGGACUUGCCUUGAUCCUGUUUGUUCAGGCAAAAAAUGUCUAUCCCCAGCUAUUGCUGGCGAGGAUAUUCUUUGCCAUUGGCGCGACAGCAGCCGCAACAAUGGUCACAGCCAUCCUCCCCUCUCUCACCAACGACACCGGCUUAGACGCCGCGGACGAGGAUGAUGGUCCCAAGACUCCCACGACAGUGACGCGCUCCUUCGACUCGGAAGCGACAAUCACCCCGGAUCGAUACCGUCAGGACCCGAGGAUUGCGCAGAUUCGCCGCGACUCCGACGACAGAGAGAGGAGUCGCGCCGGCCACGGUAGGCCGUCUGCGCUGGCUGGCUAUGUCGGUUUGUUUACUGGCUGUGGUGCCCUUGUGGCAUUGGUGUUGUUUUUGCCCCUGCCGGCAAGGUUCAGUCACCUUGAGGGGGUGACUCUCGCUGAUGCGGUGAGGUAUUCGUUUUAUGUUGUUGGGCUGGUUUCUUUCCUUGUCGCCGUCUUCGUAUCCAUCGGCUUGCGGGGGAUCAAGGGUGAGGAAGGCAAAGGCUGGAGGUUGCUCUUCACCUUCCACUCGACCCCUUCAGACCCCGAGGUUAACACCUCCUCAACCAGAACCAGAAUCCUCCCCUACCGUCACCUCCUCCUCCGCUCCCUUUCCCUCGCCCUCUCCGACGCCGACAUCGCCCUAGGCUACCUAGGCGGUUUUGUCGCGCGCGCCUCGACCGUCGCCAUCUCACUCUUCAUCCCCCUCUUCGUCAACGCCUUCUUCAUCCGCCACGGCUUUUGCCAGGGCUCCCCUACCGACCCAUCCCCCGAGCUCAAGCGCGAGUGUCGCCAGGCGUACGUCCUCGCUUCGAUUUUGACGGGCGUGGCGCAACUGCUGGGGUUGAUCUUCGCCCCUGUGUUUGGGUAUCUGUCUAGUCGACUAGCGAGGAGAAGGUCUUGUGUGAACUGGCCUGUGGCAGUGUCAUGUAUGUUGGGGAUGGUAGGGUAUGUGGCGUUUCCCAGUUUGGAAAGCCCGGAGGUGAGUGAUGUAGAUGGGCGUGGGGGAGGGCCGGUGGUGUUGUUGCUUGCGGCGAUGAUGGGCGUGAGCCAGAUUGGCGCGAUUGUGUGCAGCCUGGGCUCUCUCGGACGGGGUGUGCUAAAGGUUGAGGAGACACCUGAGAGGGAGGAGGAGACGAGAGAUGCAGACCAGGUGACGCUAACUGAGACUGCCGAAUUUGGUGAGGAGGUUAGGGCUGCGGGCGAGACAGCGCCGUUGCUUGAGGGGAGGAGCCAGGAGCAAGCUGAGCAGGAGGAUAAUACACGGGUGCAGUUGAAGGGCUCUGUAGCAGGAGUGUACUCGUGGUGUGGAGGGGCCGCGAUUUUAUUGCUGACGAAGCUUGGCGGCUACCUGUUUGAUGUAUGGGCUACGGGGGCCCCGUUCUACUUGAUGGCCAUCUUCAACGGUAUGCUGUUGUUUGCCAGUCUCAGCAUCGAUGUGGCACGGGCAGCGAGGACUUAUUGA